GAAAGCAAGAGUUGUGCGAAUACAAUUAGGAAUAAUUCUAAGAAUUUCAAAAAUUGUUAUUGCACAGAAAAUCUCGCCCUGAAUUGAGAAUGUGGAAAUGCAAAGUAGGGUGCAUAAUUGCUAUAUUGUCGUUGGUAAUCAUUGAAAUUGCACGGUCGCAACAGAGCUAUUCCGACGAUAACGACAGCAUGGAAAAUUAUUCAGACGAAAGGUAUAAUCUCAACGAUAAUGAUGCUCUUGAACAAAGCCAACAGGAACUGGAGCUGAAGGGAUUACUAAGCCAAGAGCUAAUAAAUGCAAACACAAUUGAACACGAAGCACCAGCACAGCAAAUAAAAAAUCCAAAGCAAACUAAAAAUACUAAAAACACUAAAAAUAACAACUUGAAGAGCGCCAAAUACGACGAUGAUGAAGAUGAAAACCACAACGGAAAUGAACAGAAUGGCAGUGAUGAGGACGAGCAGUUCGAGUACAAUCCUUGGAAACAUAGUUUCUAUGAGCAAUUUGCAGAUGGCACCUACGUGUUUGGGUACAUGUUGCCAUCUGGCGUAACACGUUACGAGCGAAGUUUCUAUUCGGAGGAGUACAAAGGACUUGUAAUUGAGGGUUUUCACACAGAGCCACGCAUAUAUGGAAAGCACAAGUUGUACGAACUGCGCUGUUAUCGCUCAGAUACUUACGGCCACAGACCCUUGCCAGUGCAAUACCUAAGUCGACCGCCCAUUGUGGAGCGCGAUUCCAAACCUAACGUGAACUGCUUUGACAAAUAGCACCGAGGCGAUUCAUUGUGG